AUGGCCACGCUCCUCAAGCGCAAGCGCUCCGCCGCAGAGCUCUGCCCGCCCAACUCUAUGAUGGACGCCUCCGUGCCGGCAGCCCUGCACAGCCGCACCCUCAAGCGCUACCGCGACAACAGGCCGUCGGACGACGAGGUCCAUCGUAAGUUCUACGAAUGGCGCGCCCACCACCAUCUGAGCAUCCCCAACUCAUCAUCUUGCGCGCCCGCAGAGCACACCCUGGGCCUGCUGUACUCGGCUCAGCAGCGGCCUCAGCAGUUUCAUCCCCAAGAACCCCCGAUUGCUGCCGCGCCGGAGCAGCCCCUCGUUGCCGAGUCGUCGUUAUCGUCGUCGUCGAACAGCCAGCAGUCGCUGCACCGCUUCUGGAGCAUCGGCUCCGAGCCCAGCUCGGCCGGCUCGACGCCCGGCAUCGAGACGCCCCCCGUGCUGCUGCCGACCGAGUGCGACGACUGCGGCAGUGCCCUCCUCGCGGGCGGGAGCGACGGCGACGAGAUGGACGUGGAUAGCAGCAGUGCCGUCGAGGACUCGGCCUGUGGCGCUUGCGGCAAGCACGUCUGCUUUAGCUGCUCGGUGAGCAACCUCGGCGAGCAGAAGCGUUGCUUGCAGUGCGCGGGACGGAGAGUCUGGAUUGGCGGCAUUGGCUGGACCGAUGCUGGCGGCGUUUCCGUCUGCUAA